AUGACUUAUUUUGACAAUAAAGAUAUUCAAGAACUUUCGAAAACAGUAGAAAAUGAUUCAUUAAACAAUAAUUAUUCUAAACCUGAAAAUGUAAACAAUGAAUCAGAUGUUUUAACUGAAAAAUUGUUUCAAUUAAUUGGUGGACCAUCUCCCGUAGCAAUUGUGAGACCUGCUCUAAAAACUAGAUCAAAAUUGAUGGAUCAAGGUGUUCAAUGGUGA